UUAAGACACUCACUCAACCAGUUCACAUCCACAUGCAAAGGGCUGCCAUUUGUACGACUGCCUCAGAACCACAACCAGAAUUUCCAUGCAUCCUGAGCUCCCAGCGCCGGAUUCAGAUUCUCCCCCUUCAUUCGACCGAAUCGCAUCUCGCGCCUGUCACCACCGCAUAUCCCCGGAUACCAUGACGUCCAGAGACCCAAUCCGUGUACCACCCACAACACAGACACAGACACAGACACGCAUCCGCAGUAACCGAGAGCUAGAACUCAUCGCAAGCGAGAUGAUCCACUCUGCACUCGCGCGGGAGGCCGAACGCCGUCAAAUCCCGCUGGAGGCCUUCCCGAUGCCUCCCCGCGCGACCCAACAUCUCCAGCACCAGCCCGCUUCCCCAUAUCAAUCUCAAAAUCAAAUCCCUGCGGUGUAUCACCAGAUCCCGAGGCCGCUGGUGGCUCAGAGAUGGGCGGCUGCUCAGCAGGUCCGGUCCCAGCCGUCGCGUGUAUCGGCACCUGCCCCAGCGCCAGCGCCAGCGCCAGCACCACCACCAGCCCGAGCACCCGCACCAGUAGUCGUCUCCGCUAAUCCUUUAGGAAAAGGGAAAGUAACCCAGCGGCCCGUGGAGGGGGAGUGUCCGAUUUGCUUGUUUACGUUUUCAGAAAAGCCAGAGUAUACCUACCAGGCAAGCGAGCAUCACAGGCAAUACUGGUAUGAAUUCAAUGAGUCUGAUGAGGGGAGAUGGAGCCCUACAGCACGAUAUAUCGAUGAGGACGAGGAUGAUGAUCAUGAGGAUCAUGAGGAUGAUGAUGACGACGACGACGACGACGACGGCGAAGAAGAAGACGAGGAUGAUGAUGACGACGAUAUAGAUGGGCGAGACUAUUAUGCUAAAAACGGGGUGGUGUGGUGUAAGGCUUCCUGUGGAGUGAAUUUCCACGCUGCAUGCAUGAAUCGGUGGAUAGCGAAGUUUCCCGAUGAAGCAGAGGUUACUUGUCCUUUGUGUCGGCGGAAUUGGAAAUUCUAGCAGGU